CUCAGCUGCUCCAACCGGUCGGACAGCGGCUCUGCCCGGUGCGUGCGGUCCCGCUCCCCCGGACGGCAGCGCAGCGCCCGCGCCCCGUCGGGCUGCGGCCGGCCGGCGGGGCUGAAGCGGCCGCUCCGCUCCGUGCCCAGCCGUGCCCCCUGCCCUCGCCAUGCCCAGAGCCUUCCUGGUGAAGCGCCGGAGCCCGCAGCCGGCGGUGCGCAGCUGGGAUGGGCUGCCCGACGAGGAGAGAGCCGACACCUACAUCCCAGGCGGGAUCGGCUGCGUGCUGCUGGGCUAUGAAGACAGCUGCAGCCUGGAGAGCAGCGGCAGCAGCGGGACCCGGGACGCCGAGCCCAGCGACCCCCCGACGCCCCAACCCACCCCCGGCGAGCUGGGCACGGGCGGGGGGAUGCUGCUGGACCUGGCCAUCAAGCGCCCCAUGGUCAGGUCAAAAAUCAAGUUCACCACUGGGACCUGCAGUGAUGCCACCCUGCAUAGCUGCGAGCUGUGUGGCAAAGGCUUUCGCCUGCAGAGGAUGCUCAACCGUCACAUCAAGUGCCACAGCCAGGUGAAGAGACACUUGUGCACCUUCUGUGGAAAGGGCUUCAACGACACCUUUGAUCUGAAAAGGCAUGUCCGGACCCAUACUGGCAUUCGUCCUUACAAGUGUGAGGUUUGCAACAAGGCCUUCACGCAGCGCUGCUCGCUGGAGUCGCACCUGAAGAAGAUCCACGGCGUGCAGCAGCAGUACGCCUACAAGCAGAGGAGGGACAAGCUGUACGUGUGUGAGGACUGCGGCUACACGGGCCCCACGCAGGAGGACCUGUACCUGCACGUCAGCGGCGUCCACCCCAGCAGCGCCUUCCUGAAGAAAACCUCCAAAAAACUCGCAGCUGUUCUGCAAACCAAACUGAGCCCCGUCCUGCAGAGGAACUCCAAAGAGGAUGGCAAGGAUGAGUGACACGGGGGGCUCAUGGCGCUCGGCAGGAAUGAAGUUUACAUGUAGGACUAUAUAUAUUAUUUUUCUAAGAACCAUUUUGAAAGAAACACCUGAAAUUAAAGGGAUAGUUUUGCUAACGGGACUCUCUUGAUGUUGGUAAAACCUCAGCUUGACAGAAAUAUUCCCAUUUGUGAUGGAAACAUCAGACUUUUUUUUUUUAUCUGGCCAAUAAAAAUGGAAUGCUUGCAAAGGCUGUCACCUCUCGGAUGGAGUAUUUACUGAGCUGAUACUUGGGCAACAUGUUUUCUGUUUCAGCUCUACCACAAGUCUGAACACCCCUGACAAAUGAGUUCACCUUUCCCCAGUGUAUUUUGUAAACUUAAUAAGUGUUACAUCCCAUGUGAAUUACUUAUGAAAGGUUUGGGUGAGAAGUGUUGGCUAAGAGCACUACUGGUACAUGGUUCUAUGCAGCAUUAAUUAAAGUGCCUGAAGAACAGGAGUGCACUGUAUCAGCAAAUGAGUUAAAACGUGCAAACACCCUUAGCUCUGCCCCCUGUGCAGUCUGCUAACAAUUUAUGGAAGUGUGAUCCAAGGUGAGCUGGAACUCUUCCCAAGGGAUGCAGAAUGUUUUCUUCCCAGUUUCUCUGCUAGCAAAUGAUGUUAUUCUAGGGCAGACCUUUGGUUGUGUCUUAAGUACUUGAAACCAUGAACUUACUUUUAUCAUGUUGAUAUACAAGUGAAAUCUUAGCUCUGAUGUUCCUGGACUUGCCAUGCUCACUUUGAAGAUUAUUACCACAUCCUUUUAACAUACACCAGUAGCAAUCCAGAAACCCAAAGAAAGCACUGUAAUGACUUUAAAAUAAGUAUUUUCUGUCAUGGUGAAAUGCAAUUUUGUGAAUAUUUUAUGGUGUGUGUGUGUGUGUGUUUGGGGAUUUUUUUUCUCUUUUAUAUUCAAGUGCCUGUUUAUUAAUACAACAAUGCAGUGGAAAGGGGGACUGAGCCUGUGUUUGCUUCAGGAGAUCAGUGCAAAACUGCAGGCACCAAUCUGGCUGCUCCUCUGUGACCACUGUCAGUGUAGAAGGUUCCUCCCACCUAAAAUACAAAGUCAGGCUUAGCCAGUCAUUGCUACUAAAAUGAGACAUUUUGAGCAACUUUUCAAGAAUUGUAAAAAAAUCUUUUCCAACUUG